AGUUCCACUAACCCAAAAUUUUGGAAACGUUAAAAAAUGAAAAGACAAUAAUAAAAGGACAAAGAAGAGUGAGACAUUGUUACUUGGUUGUGUUGUGGGGUUUCUCUCCACUCUCUCUGAAUCCAACUACGAAUAAAGAUAGAUCUAUCUAUCAAAAUCUAAUAUACAUAUAAGUUACAAAAACGGUGUUCUGAAUAUUAAGCAAAAAUAUAAAAUGAAACUAUACAAUGUUCUUUCUUCUCUCAUUCUUGUCACAUUCUUUUUCACCUCUGUCAACUGUGAAGACCCAUAUAGAUUCUUCACUUGGAAAGUCACCUAUGGUGACAUUUACCCUCUUGGUGUUAAGCAACAGGGUAUUUUGAUUAAUGGACAGUUUCCAGGGCCACAAAUAGAUGCUGUUACCAAUGAGAACUUGAUUAUCAGUGUUUAUAACUACCUUACUGAACCAUUCCUCAUUUCUUGGAAUGGCAUACAGCACAGGAGGAACUCAUGGCAGGAUGGAGUGUCUGGCACAACCUGUCCGAUCCUGCCUGGGAAGAACUUCACAUAUACACUGCAGGUGAAAGACCAGAUCGGUAGCUUUUUCUACUUUCCAUCACUUGGAAUGCAUAAAGCUGCGGGUGCAUUUGGUGGCAUCAGAAUUUGGAGCCGCCCUCUCAUUCCCGUCCCUUUUCCUCCUCCUGCCGGGGAUUUUACAUUACUCGCUGGUGAUUGGUUCAAGCUAGGCCACCGUAGACUGAGACGAGUCCUCGAGAAUGGUCACAAUCUCCCUUUCCCCGAUGGACUUCUUAUCAAUGGCCGUGGUUGGAAUGGAAACACAUUCACCGUCGAUCAAGGUAAGACAUAUAGAUUCAGGAUAUCGAAUGUGGGGCUCACAACAUCGAUUAACUUCAGAAUCCAAGGGCACACAUUGAAACUUGUGGAGGUCGAAGGAUCUCAUACCCUCCAAAACACUUAUUCUUCACUUGACAUCCAUCUCGGACAGUCCUAUUCUGUGCUGGUCACAGCUAAUCAGCCUGUCAAGGAUUACUAUGUAGUUGUUUCUACGCGAUUCACCAGACGGGUACACACAACAACUUCCAUUCUUCAUUACAGCAAUUCGCGGAUCGGGGUAUCCGGUCCUGCUCCUCCCGGACCUACUCUUGAUGUUACUUCAUCUAUCUUUCAAGCCAGAACUAUCAGGUGGAACCUGACAGCAAGUGGACCAAGACCAAACCCUCAAGGAUCUUACCACUAUGGAUUGAUCAAGCCGAGUCGAACCAUCAUGCUUGCAAACUCUGCACCAUAUAUCAAUGGCAAGCAGAGGUAUGCUGUGAACAGUGUAUCAUAUCUUGAACCAGACACCCCAUUGAAACUUGCUGACUACUUCAACAUUCCCGGAGUUUUCUACGUUGGAGGCAUUUCUACAUUGCCUACCGGCGGCAAUGCUUACCUCCAAACUGCUGUCAUGGGUGCUAAUUUCCAUGAAUAUGUGGAGAUUGUGUUCCAAAAUUGGGAGAAUUCUGUGCAGUCAUGGCACAUUGACGGCUAUUCCUUCUUUGUUGUAGGGUUUGGUAGUGGGCAGUGGACACCAAAUAGUAGGGUACGGUACAAUCUGAGAGAUACUGUUGCUAGAUGUACCACUCAGGUUUACCCAAAGUCAUGGACUGCAAUAUACAUGGCACUUGACAAUGUUGGAAUGUGGAAUAUAAGGUCUGAGAAUUGGGAAAGACAAUACUUGGGACAACAAUUUUAUCUUCGAGUAUAUACACCUUCGAAAUCAUUGAGAGAUGAAUAUCCUGUCCCAAAGAAUGCUCUUCUAUGCGGCAGGGCAGGUGGUCGUCACACAAGACCUUAGUAGUACUAGUUUAGGAUAGCAUAAUGUCACGAGAGGGUGGCAUAAUGCUUAUGAGUAUAACAUGCCACGGGAAAUUUAUUAUUCAUAGCUCACCUUGACUUUCCACUGUUGGUCUCACUUUUUCAAAACAAAUUAAUGAAUGAUCAUUUCAAGUAUCGAUUAAAUUGAUUUACUCUCUACAUUCAA